CAGUUCGAAAUUUCAGGUUGAAUUAUAUAUAUAACAGCAAAUAAUAUAUAGUGCGUGCAUAUGUGGGGGUCGACAGAGAGAGAGAGACAGUUUUGGAAUGAAGAGAGCGACAGCAGUGUCGUGUAUUAUCUCUACGCUAUAGCAUAGCUGUUGUUUUAUUUUUGUACGAAGCGAAAUGUAAAUACAGAACAUAACCUUCAACAUAUUAAAAUGAUUAAAUGAUUUUACUUUUCGUAGUAAAUUUUCUACCGCUGCUUUAUUUUCAUAGACACUUUAGACAUGCUGCAUUGCUUUCUUGAUCAUGUUGCUAUUAUUUUCGCUGAUUUAACUUGGUUCAACGUGUUCAGUACUCUUAUUUGUUUUUCCGCUGUUAUUGCUACGAUCUGGGCAGGUCGAAUCAAUCGUGAAGAAAACAAAGAGCCCGAAGAUGAGGAAAACUUUCUCAAAUUUGGAUAUCAAGCCAGAUUCAAAUUAGCUAAGCAAAAGUUAAUCGAAAAAGAUCUCACUCCACAGCAACGAAACAAAGAAAAAGAAUCUGAAUCAGAAACGCUCAAUGCUGUGCUCAAAUUAAUACAAGAGCGUAAUGAUAUUUUCUCAUCUCCGACAAUGGAUGAUCUUAAAGAACAAUUAAGUUUAUACAGAGCAGAGUGAACCAUGGCUCGGAUACUUUCAAUUAAAGUUUAAUCGAAUGAAAUUAAUGACCUAAUAAUGUAUGAUUCAGCACGAAUUAUCUUGCAUCGAAUUCUCCUUCUCCCGCAACAAAGAGUAAUUCAGAAUAACAUUUUUCUCUUUUUAAUAAAGAAAUCAAUUGAACUUGAAACUGCUCUAACAGCACGUCGCUCAGUUGCAUACUCACAAAGAAAAAGAAUUGAUAAUUUUUAGGAAAUUCCAAGAAAAUCUGUGAAUUUCCACUAUUUCUCUGAAAUUUUUUAUCUUAUGUUUUUCAAUUACGUUAACUAAACCAUUUCUUGACGUCACGUCAGACCCAGUCAAAAUCGUUUUUGAUUAUGAGUUUUGAAUUAUAUAUUAUACAGGAACAAUAAUACUCUGUUUUAAAAGGAAUAAAAGUUUGGGGUGAACCUUUGAUUUUCUUAAAGAUAUUUCUGAAUAUCAAAUCGAAUAGUAAUGGAUUACAAAAACAUGACAAACUUGCUUCAUAUCAAAUGUUUAAUCAAGUGUGAAUUUAAAAAAAAACCAUAAAAUGCCUGAAUAAAAAUAUAUUGUAAAAAAUA